CCGCACCACCACCCUGAGCACAAGUGCGGCCAUGUCCUCCCCCCCCUCCCCGCCCCAGCACAAUCACCACUCAAUGCAGAGUUUGAGACCUGGGUCAAAAUUUUUAUGAAAUUUUUGUUCGCGACCCUAUUUGGUCGUGAACUGAGGCAUUUGUGAGCCAAGGUACCACUGUAUCAGUUAUAGAUGAACUGUAACUGGCAAAAAUCCAAUUCCUGCUAUACAAAUUACAAUGAAAAUAGAUGUGUGUGCAGGCACUGAAGAUCCCAACCAAACCCUGUUAAAAAAAGCCCCUUGAAUUAGUAUUUCAGACAUAAUCAUGUGUUCUUAAGCUUGUGAAAAGUGCGCUCUAUCCUAUCCUUGGUUUAAUAAAAUGUCAUUUAGAUUUGAAAUAAUGAGUAAGGUAUAUUAUCUUGCUUUAAAACUUUAUUAUGGCAUUUUUAAUAAAUAGUGAAGAUGAGGUUUUGUACAAAAGAUGAGUGCUAGCUAUUAUAACUGGGGAAGCAGUACUUAACUCUUGAAGAAGAGAUGGAACUCAUAUCUCUGCUGUCACGCUGGUCAUUAAAUUUCUUUACUGCCUAUCAACUAUUUCUGUAAAGUUCCUAAGUACUAAGUAAAAUCCCUAAGUUGUUUCUUAAGUAAUGGUUGCUUUAUUCUUGGUGUCCACAGUAAGACUGCAUGAAGAACAAAUAUAUGAAGAAACAGAAAAUACAUGUGUACUUUCUAAUCGCCUCCCACUUUUGCUGCCCCAAAGUUUUAGACUCCUUAACGACAUCAGGAACGCUAACAGGGUUGCAGAUUUCAUACAGUUGAUAAGAGGCCGCAACACAGGAUUAUGUACAAACUGUAGAGAGAACAAAGAGACUUGUCCUAUGGGCACACCUAGUAACUGGCAAGAUAUUCUGGGUACAACAGAUUAAUGGCAUGCACUGGCAUAGAAUAUAAAGGCUGCUAGCUUUGAAGACGAGAUAAAGCCUGAGAUAGGCUCAGCAGGGGCUAGUCAGAAAAAUCCUCCGCAGAGUAUUUAUUUGCUAUUCAAAUACUGAAGGAAAACAAUACAGAAAAGUCUCUUGCCUUCCUGCCAGCUAGUUUGGAUCUCAAGCCUUGCUGACCAGCCAUGCAUAGAAACAGAAUGUGGACUCCACUGACGGUGGCUCUUUCUAAUGCUCUUACUGAAUUGGGGUAAAAGGAUUAGCAUAAGAGAAGCAAGGGCAGAUCACUGGUGAUACUUAAAUGUACUUCUUAUCCACGAGGGAAGGAAUGGUUCUGGGCCAUGUGACCGAGGGAGAAGGGAGGGAGGCCGUACGCAUCCGGGAAUUUUAUUUGUGGAAGCGAAAUGCUUGUGAAUGUGAGGUUUUCCAAAGGCAAUUAUUAAUUAAUGGUCAAUGACCAAGAUGACUUACAAGCUGGUCAUCUCUUGUAUACAGAGAUGUAAAACCGAUGAAGAGACUGGAAGAAUUGUGAACUUUGUCUCUAUGGUAGUGCAACGAAAAUUGUUGGGCCCCGUUUUGGAAAGGAUUCCCAGGUAGGGUGCGCCAUACUAAGUUCGCUUUCCUGGAAUUGAAACCACUCAGCCAUGUCAGAAAGAGGCUCACUGUAAAAGUGAGAUAAAGCAAGUGCUUAUCACUGAAUUAUUCAAGGCAAAAGGGGGAGUGAACAUAAAGUGGUUCCAAAUAAAUCUGCAGCAGGCAAUAAUCUUUAACGCAAGAAGAACGCACCUUUUACAGCCAGCAGCAUUCGUCCCAAUAGACCACAAAAGGAUUUGCUUCCAGGAGAUCAUGCCUAAGCCUGAAAUCACCUAAACGGCAUAUGCGUAGUGCCAUGCCUCCGCUCCCUAUUUUCGUGCAUGAAGCAAAAAGCAAUCCCAGUCGAUCUUACUCUCCCCCCACCCCCAACACGAACACGACCAGGCAGGAUUACGCAGAUCGCUCGCUUCCCAGACGCGGGUGGCCCUGAGCAUGAACCGAAAAUAUCGCGGUCACGCCCAUUUCACCGGAAAGCAGCGCUGUUCCUUCCUGUCAAUUUGGUUCAAGCCGCGCCUCUGCAUGGAGUGCUUUUCUUUCGAGAAAGAACUUCGCUUGCUUCGCUUUAUGGAUGCCGCUACGAUGCGGCUUCUUCCCUGCGGUUCCAGCGUGAGGCUCUUGAGAUGGGCUCUUCUAGUAUUGCCGCUGUUGUCGUCUGAAGUUCUGGGUGAUUGUGGCCCUCCAGACCCACCCCUCUAUGCAGAGGUGAGGAAUCCAUCUGAAAAUGGCUCUUACUCUGUUGGGACUGUUGUGCAAUUCCGUUGCAUAACAGGUUAUGAAAACAUACCUGGACUGACUACAAGCACUAAGUGCCUUGAUACUUCAAAAUGGCAAGAAACUGCUAAAUUUUGUAAACCAAGAAAAUGCAGACCUCAAGAUCUAGAAAAUGGAAGAAUAGAAUCCACAGGUGACCUUGAGCUUGGUUCUGAAAUAAUCUUCUCCUGCAAUGAUGGUUACAGAUUAGUAGGUCAAGAAAAAGCUCGUUGUGUAGUGACAGGGAACACAGUUUCAUGGAGUGGAGCUAUUCCAUUUUGUCAACCAAUCCUUUGCUAUCCACCACCAGUCAUUCCCAACGGAACACAUUCUGGUACUGAUGAUGAAUAUUCAUUUGGCAAUGCAGUAACAUACAGAUGUGAUGCUGGUUUUUCCCUUAUUGGUUCUGCAAGUAUCUCAUGUUCAGUUAAAGCCAAUGGUGUGGAUGGAGAGUGGAAACCGAAUGCACCAGAGUGUAAAGAUGUCCGCUGUAAUAGACCACAAAUCCCAAAUGGUAGAGUAGCGAGUACCUUUCAAUCUACGUAUUUAUAUGAUAAUAUUAUAAGGAUUGAAUGUGAUCCUCACCAUACACUUCAGGGCAGCGACUUUAUUAAAUGUGGCGCUGACAGUAAAUGGAAACCUGAUGUUCCAACAUGUGUCAAAAUUACCGUUACCACCACCACCGCCACCACCACAACCAUUCAUUCAGGAGAUAAGAAAGAUGAAACUACAAGACCACCCAGAAGGCCAACAGAAAAACCUGGAACUACGCAGCAGCCAGAUUCUAAGGAUAAACCAGGAACUACACAGAAGCCAGAUGUACCAGAUUUUAAGGACAAACCAGGACAUGGCAAGGCUAUUGGGAUUGCAGUUGGAAUUGUGGUUGCUGUUGCGAUUGCUGCAGUUGUUAUAACUAUCAAAUUCAAAGACCGGUGUAUAAAGGGGAAAAAUGCCUCUUCUCAUGAGUCUCAUGAGUCUUACCGUCCAGUUAUGGACAAAGAUGUGCCUAUGAAAGUAAAAGAAGUCAACGUUUGAUCUGAUUGUGUCUGCAAUAGUACUUCAGUAAGCUUCCAGCAGAUUAUUAAUUCUCAACAAUUCCUUUUUGAGAGCCUGAUGCAGGAAUUUGAAUGAAGAUAUGAGUGGAGGAAUUCAGCAGUUUUUUAGUUAUAGAAAUUGGCAAUACAAAUUCAGGCCUAUGGAUCGUGAAGCACUGCCUGGCCUCAAGAAAACCCUGUUCACAUGUUUCUUUUGCUUUUGUAUAGAACUGUUCUGUAUGAUGUGCCAAAAUGAAAUAUGGAAUGAGAGGACUGGUCUUAUCUCUACCAGUUACAGCUGGUAGGGAUAAGAGGGCUGGGCAGCUACAGUUCUAUUGAACCAAGUAAUCAUAGCGGGCAGUGUUAAGCAGAAUUAGUUUCCUCCUCAUACACCCCUUGCAAAUUCCACUGAAGACACUUUCUGGGGCCAACUGCUGUUGCUUAAAAAAGGAAAUCUCAAAAAAAAAAUAUCCGGUAUAUUGAAGGAGAAAAUUUAUUUACUCUCUCAUGUUCACAUACACAUGCUGUUCCAAGGAGAGACUAUCUCCCUCUCCCUGGAACCAAAUGCUAGUGGUCUUUGCAGGUGGAGUCUUUAAGAAAUAACACAGCCUGUUGGCUCUGGGUAUCCUUAGUGGAUGACCAGACUGUGAAUAUAAAUCCUGAUUGCUGCACAGACACAAAACCACAAGCAUAUCUAAAUGUGAGAGGCAAGGAGAGCAGUCUUCACUGUAUUGUGGAAUCUGCAGAUGAACUGUCCCCCUCUGCUGGGUGAUGAAAAUAUUGCUGGCUAGAGGGAUGCUCUGAGCAUAUGCAUGCUCAGUGGCAGCCAAGAUUUUGGCAGAAGAGAAGAGGACUAAAGCAACUGUGACUGAAGAGAGGGCUGGGGGAUCCUAUAAGGACAGGUAGAGAGGUCGCUGACUUCUCCAUAGAGAUGCCUUUUAUCUCUUAUCAUGGAAGAAGUACAUUGUCCUGUCUUUAAAGACAAAGAAGUUAGAAUGGAAUUGUAAUGGACUCUCUCCAGGAAAGAUUGAGGCUGUCUUUCACAAGAGACUUCCUUCAGGGCUUUUUCAUAUACAUCUUUUGGCAUGUGGCUGACAAAAUCUAUUCUGAAUUCUGCAGAUUUCUUGUACAGAGUCAAAAUGAAUGUUACCUUGUUUCCCUGUUAUGCUUUAAAAUCUGUUAUGCACAAUAUAUGCCUAAUAUAAAUCGUGUUUUGCUAUAAUAGGUAGCAAAUGUGCUACAUACUUGAUUUAAAAAAAAACUUUUAGCACACCUGGUUAUUAUCAGAAUAAGUUAAAUAAGCUGGUUUUACUAAAAAAAAAAAAAAAAAGGCAACCAGCAAGUGCUGUGCUUCAUCUGUAUUGAGCCCAAACUGCUUGAGUUCAUGAAGGAAUGUUGUGUGUAUGUGUAUAUAUAUGUGUGUGUAUAUAUAUAUAUAUGAGGUAUUGCUUUGUGUUUGUAGUAAAUGUACAAAUGUUCUGUUUGAAAAAGUCUGAGUGAUAAAGAUCUAAUUAUACAAGUCUGACAA